AUCCGCCUCGUUCCAGCAUAAAGAAAUGUUGUCGAUUGUUGUUUUGUGUAGCGGAUGUAAAAACGUGUCAAAUCACAUGAAGUCUUUCUUCAACAAAACGUAAACAGUGAAGGGACGUCGUGAAAUUCAUUUUUCUUGAAUAUUGACAAAGGUGUAACAUGAAAAGGUUCUCCAAAUGACUGUUCCUAUGACUGGCAAACUAGCAACACUUGAUGAUUUCAUAAAAGGAAAAACUAAGUUAUUUGGUUUGUCUGAUAAAAGUGCAAAAGGUUCUUCAGCUGUCCAUAUUGAGACAGAGUCAGCUGAUGAUCCAGAAAAAGAAAUGAAAACAUUCUGGUUCUCAAAUAGCCAAGAAGAUGGCAGAGAGAAUGCAUGGUUACCUGGCCUUUCUAAGAAGCAAAGAAUUGUUGGGUUUUUCACAUUGCUUGUGAUGGGGAUAUUUUGUUUUGGCAUGGCAGGUUUGCUUAUGCCGUUUAUGGUUCUGAAAGCAAGAAAGUUUGUUUUGAUGUACACAAUGGGAAGCUUUUUCACAAUAGGAAGUUUUUCAGUACUGUGGGGUCCUGUGGCCCACAUGAAACACUUGUGCUCAUACACCAGAUUACCAUUCACCCUGGCAUAUUUUGGGACAAUGUUUGCAACUCUUUAUUCAGCUCUUCUUUUGAAAAAGACACUGCUGACAUUAAUAUUUGCCACCCUACAGAUUGUUGCCUUGGCCUGGUACGUUUUCAGUUAUGUUCCUGGAGGCACAACUGGUAUGAAAUUCUUUUCCAAGCUGUGUGCGCAAAUGUGUGCAAAGACAAUUUCAAAAACACUUCCUGUAUAAAAAUUGAAAUGGACAGUCUUAAUAGUACAAUGUAGAAUUUCUCUGCAUAAGCUAACACAUGGUUUCCUGAUAGAUCAUGUCAGCUUAUUUAGAAACUUUUAGUAUUGCAUUAAAGAGACAAUAUGUAGUAUAUAUUUCUCAAAAUAGGUUUAGGGUUAGGAUUCACCAAUUUGUCAUGCAGUGCAGCUACCUAUCUAUUUUCAGACACGUACCCACCUUUUGCGAAAAGUACAUGCCUACAGUGGCGGCUCCGUUAACAGAAUACCUUUACUCGAAAGCCCAAGCGCCCUAACAGGUAGAAGGCAUAUGACAACGUACCCUUCCCCCCUUCAUGCUAGGAGAUUAGUGAUUGUCUGGCUCAGUAGAUUCUGGCCAGGUAUUAAUUAAAAUUCAACGGAGUAUAUUAUUGAUCUAAAAAAGCCUCGGCUGUUUUGUUUUGUUAUGUAACACCAUAAUGAUUCACUGUUUAGUUGAUAUUCUGAAGAACAUUCACCUUCUAUAAGCAGAAAUCUGAUGCGCUCACCCUCUUAGGAGAACAAUAGAGUUAACAGGAUUGUGUCUACAUCAUUUGCAUUGCAAUUUUCAAUUGAAGGUCGUGGGACAGCACGCUCGUUCGGUUUUAAGUACCUUUAAACAAACAUUGCAAUUCUAUUGUAAAUUUACACGAAUCAAAAAGAUUCUGUCUUAUAUUUUCUUCCACGAUUCUCGUUCGUGAUAGUACUGUAGUAUUAUGUAAUAAAUAAUUGUGUUGUUUGUUUUAAAACUUAUUCUUGAUACAGGUAAAGGCAGAAUUAUUUUAUUCGGGUAGCGAAAUAUUUCUAAUGGCGCGUGCUGUUUGAGACAGACUAUAGUAGUUGAACUAAUGUUAUGGCUCUGGGGGUAUUCGCAACUUUUCGCUCCUCGAGGUAUCAUUCCCCGUAUUGUUGUAGAGUAGUUUUUGGUAGCCGUCUAGCCGAAGACAUACAUGCUAACCUUGUGAAAAAUUAUUUGUUUGUAAUACAUUGUUGAAAAUCGUCUAUUAGUUUAUUUAGCUAAAAUGCAAGAAAAAACUUUU